AUGGAAAUUCAAGAUUAUCUCUAUGUUGAUGAUGAACCAGUACCAUAUCAAACUCAAAUAAAAUCUUAUUUUCAAAAGUUACCAGCAAGUAGUAAAAAAUACGUUCGAACUUUAUUUCCUAUAUUUGGAUGGUUACCACGAUAUAAUUUAACAUGGUUAAUUGGUGAUCUCAUUGCUGGUAUUACCGUUGGUGUUAUCAUUGUCCCCCAAGGGAUGGGAUACGCUAAAGUGGCUAAUCUUGAUCCACAAUAUGGUUUAUAUUCCUCGUUUGUUGGAUUGUGUAUGUAUUGCUUCUUUGCAACAUCAAAAGAUAUUUCAAUUGGACCGACGGCUGUUAUGUCUCUUUUAAUUGGUCAAACGAUAUCAUCAGUUGGCACAACACUAUUUACCGGCCCACAAAUAGCGUCAACUUUAGCACUGUUUGGAGGAAUUAUUUCUCUUGCCAUCGGACUAUUUCGACUUGGCGUUAUCGUUGAUUUUAUUCCGGAUCCUGCUAUUGCUGGUUUUAUGACUGGAUCAUGCAUCACCAUCAUUAUAGGUCAGUUACCAAAAUUAUUUGGAAUAACUGGAAUUAGCUCGAGUCUAGCAGCGUAUCUUAUCCUCGGUUAUACAUUACAAGGCUUACCUGGAACUCAUGUGGAUUUAGCUUUUGGUGCAAUUGGACUGAUUUGGUUAUAUGGCAUUAGAUAUUUGACACAAUUUCUCACUAGUCGUUAUCCAAGAUUCGAGCGACCACUUUUUUUUUUUGGUAUUGCAAGAAAUGCAAUCUUAGUAAUAUUUGGUACUUUAAUUGCAUAUGGAAUCAAUGUAGGACAAAAGACAAGUCCAAUUAGUAUUUUGAAAACAGUGCCAUCCGGUUUUCGAGAAAUGCAUGUUCCCAAUACCAGUAUUAGUCUGUUGUCAACAAUCGCAGGAACGAUACCACCAGUUGUUGUUAUUUUGAUACUGGAACAUGUGGCGAUUGCAAAGUCAUUUGGGAGAAUCAAUGAUUAUAAAAUUAAUCCAAACCAAGAACUUGUGGCUAUUGGUGUUACAAAUAUCAUUGGAUCUUUUUUUUCUGCAUAUCCUACCACUGGUUCAUUUUCUCGUACAGCAAUUAAAGCAAAAUCAGGUGUUCGAACACCCCUUGCUGGUGUUUUCUCUUCAUUGGUGGUUCUUCUAGCAUUAUAUGCAUUGACACCUGCAUUCUACUAUAUACCAGAUGCAAUUUUAGCCGCUGUUAUUAUUCAUAGUGUUGGUGAUCUGGCAUCAGGUCCUCGAGUAUGGAAACAUUUGUUGGAUGUUCAUCCAUUAGAAUUAUUUAUUUUUGUCGCAGCUGUUAUUAUUACAUUCUUUACCACGGUUGAAUAUGGUAUUUAUACAUCAAUCGGUGUAUCAUUGAUCGUUAUUCUAUAUCGAAUUGCUCGUCCAAGCUUUUCUAUUUUGGGUCGUAUAACAAAUAGUCGAGGCAUCUACUUCCCUAUUGAUCAUCCAUCAGUCAAAGAUCAUAUUACUGUGAACCCCAAUGGUAUCGUUAUAAUUCGUCUAAAUGAAUCAUUAACAUAUCCAAAUUCUAGUUAUAUAACUGAAAAAAUGAUUGAUUAUCUGAAAGCAAAUACACGUAGAGGAAAACCAUUAUCAAACAAUAAAGGUGAUCGUGCAUGGAACGACUCAACACCACUAGAGAUGUCUGACACUGACAAACAAAAACCAGUAUUAAAAGCGUUUGUGAUUGAUUUUGCGGGUGUAGCUAAUAUGGAUUCAACCGGUAUUCAAUGCAUUUCAGAUGUACGAGCAAUUGCUAAUAGAUGGGCUAAUCGUUACGUUUUCUGGCAUUUUGUUAAUGUUAACACACCAGAAGCUAGGAGAAUAUUAAUUAAACUUGGAUUUGGAAGUCAAUCUAUAACAAUUGCUUCAGGACUCUUACCAAGUGACCGAACGAAAGAUUUGACAGCGGUUUCAGUUGUACCAAUGGGUCAGAGUAAUAAUCAAGAAACAAAAUCGUCAACAUUAGUAACAGUAAAAGAUAAAUACACUUAUUUUCAUUAUGAUAUUGAUGAAGCAGUUGAAACUGCUCAAAAAUCUUAUUCACCAUAG